GAUAGUAACAAACUUUCCGGGCUUGGAUCAGUUGUAAAUAGACGGUUGAGUGAAACAGUUUAGAAAAUCCGGGAUCCAUAUAAAUUAAAAUAAAGAAAUAAUGAAAGAACAAAAUAGACGCAAUAGUAUAGAAAAUCCAAAUGCAAAUGAAAAUAGUGUUGUUAAUAUUAAAAAAAGAGAAAAAGGAAUAAUAAAGGAUUAUGAAGAAAAUGAACCUCUUACCAAAACUGAGACAAAUAGUGUUGAACAUAAGAAAAGUUUCAUAAGUUCAAUUGGAAACGUAUUUAGAUUUAUUACAGUAGAACCGUCUAUGGUACUGUUUAUUCUAGCUUGCAUGUUCUCAAUGCAGACUACUCAGAAUAUUAAUCUAGACAAAGCAUGCAGAGUGAAUCUGAACUUCACAGAUGAGAUCUGUUCUGGAUUGAGAAACCAAAACAUGCACGCUCAAAAUAUUUACGAGAAAGAAACUCAAAAAUUAGUAUCUUCAUAUGUGGCAAUGAAGACGUAUUUAACAGCGACAAUUCCCUCCCUAUUAGCCCUUUUUGUGGGUUCAUGGUCAGAUAUGACAGGAUAUCGAAAAAUUUUUAUAAUAAUACCAAUUUUAGGACAAUUGUUGGCUUGUGUGAACAGUACAAUAUAUGUUAUUUUCUUCAACGAGUAUUCAUUAGAAGUUUUUAUGUUGAUAGAAGCAAUUAUUGAAAGUAUCACUGGUAAUUGGUGCAUUGUAUUUCUAACUAUCUUCUGUUAUAUAAGCGCUAUCACGACGGUUGAAAAUCGGACCUUUAGAAUGGGAUUAGUGAAUUUUUGUGUGACUGUGAGUUUUCCGAUCGGAACUGGUUUAAGUGGUAUACUACUAAAAACCAUAGGGUAUUAUGGAUGUUAUAGUAUUAGUGGAGGUUUACAUUUGUUAAACUUAUUGUACAAUAUAUUUUUAUUGAAAGAUCCAGAAAGGACUGCCGAACAUAUGAAGCAUGAUCGUCGCGGCUUCCGCUACUUCUUGCGAACGUUCUUCGAUUUAUCCAGCAUUAAGGAAACCAUGAGAGUGGUGUUCCAAAAUGGACCGAACAAAAGGAGGAUUCGUGUGUGUGCUCUGCUGAUUGUCGUCAGUAUUCUAUUUGGACCCAUGUUUGGUGAAAUAUCAAUAAUGUACAUGUCAACGAGAUAUCGGUUCAGCUGGGACGAAGUAAAAUUUAGUAUUUUUCAAACGUACAACUUUGUUACACACACAAUUGGUACACUAUUCUCAAUAACUGUGUUCAGUAAACAGCUCAAAUGGCACGACUCUAUACUGGGCAUCAUAUCAACUGUCAGCAAAAUCGCUGGGUCCUUCGUUUAUUGUUUCGCUCCUAAUGAGAAAAUCUUUUAUAUAGCACCUCUUGUGGAAAUACUCAAUGGAACAUCAUUAUUGGCUUUGAGAUCAAUCAUUUCGAAGACUGUAGCCCCCAAUGAAUUAGGAAAAGUGAAUUCUGUAUUUGGUUUGACGGAAAAUAUAAUGCCUCUAGUUUAUGUUCCUUUAUACACAAAAGUCUAUACUGCCACCAUGGAGGUUCUACCAGGAGCAGUGUUCCUCAUGAGUGCCGCCUUAACAUUGCCAGCUGUUUGCGUCUUCUCAUGGCUCCUCUACGAGCAUAGGAAAGGUGUUAGAAAAUCAAAAAAAGAAACAGAAUAUACCCCAGUAUCCGUACUUCAAAAACUAUAGAAAAUUAAAACUAGUCAGAAAUCACAACUAUAUGUUAUUAUAUAAUUUCUGAGAGCUAAUUAAGGAAUGCAGUUGCAAUGGUCUAUUAUUUUGAACAUAGUGAAAACUGUAAUUAAAUUAGAUAGUUUAAUUAGAUUUAGUACAACAAAUUAAGUUAAAACAAGAAAAAAUAAAAUAUAUAUGUACAAACUGUCUCCAAAUCUUUGAGAAAGAAUGUUUUUUCUAUGGACGUAUAUAUGUAAUUGGUCUGCAGUAAUGGAAAGUAAAAUUUAUCAGAACUGAGGAUGUACUAAAAAUAAAUGAUACGUAAAUAAUAUGUAUAUAAAGGUACAUGUGAAUAAACACAAUACUAUAAAUAAAUACUAAAGAAUAUGACUCGCUGAAAGCAGUUUAAGGAAGUUUUAUUGUGAAUAAAGUGUAUUAUUAUUUAGUGAUAUUU